AAUGACUAAUAAGACUAAAGAGCUUCGUACACCGGUACUCUGGGAAAAAGAAACAAAAAUAAUAUUUUGCGACCUUUGCCUGAAGGAAAUUGAAAUGGGCAAUAGACCUACGACUUUUUUCAAUAAGGAAGGGUGGCAAAAUAUUAUAAAAAAUUUCAAGAAAUGUACGGGCAGAGAGUAUGACAGACUGCAAAUGAAAAACAAGUGGGAUCAACUCAAGAAGAAUUGGAAAAUUUGGAAGGAUUUGAAACGAGGAUCAACGAGUUUGGGUUGGGAUCCGGUGAAGCGAACCAUUGAUGCUCCAGAGGAGUGGUGGACAGAAAGACUUGCGGUGGUGCCCGCAGCGAAGAAGUUCAAAUUUUGUGGACUUGAACCCGAGUUUGAGGAGAAGUUAGACCGAAUGUUUGGGGGUGUCGUCACAACAUGCAAAUAUGUAUGCACACCAAACGAGGCAGGGUUUGGUGGUACCCCUGACAAUGUGGUUUUCAGUUUAUCAACUGAUUCACCCGAAUUCCACAGCCAGGAACUCCCCGAAAUCCAGUCCACCAACCGGUCUAAGCGUCCUCAUGUGGAGAGUAGGAAAAAGGGUGGAGCUGCUUCGAUCAGAAAUCAAAUAUCAUACAUGAUAGAUUCUUCCAACGACACCUCCCAUAAAGUUCAAAAAACUUCAAUUAACCAGGUCGUGAAAAUUUUGGAAGAAGAUCAGGAUAUUGCAGAGGAUUUUGAUCUAUACUUUUUUGCUGUAGAACUGCUUCAAGAUUCGGUCUACAGAGAUUUUUUCACAGCGAUUGCUAAAGAACGACGGGUGGCGUAUCUACGUCAUUUUUAUGCUCGUAGGGCAAAUUAAGGGAUAAUUUUUUUAAUUUGCUAUUUGCUGAGAGACGUUUUUAUUUCAUUAGUUGUUGAUUGGACAUUUUUCUCCGUUAUUGUAUUUUCUCAUGUCAUGCUUGUUUUACAUUCGA